AUGGACAGCAUAAACACAUUGCAGGAGAAAAGACUUGCUCAGGAGAUUGCUGAUAUCGAGAAGGAUACUGGAUAUAAGUUGAGAGUUGUUGCUCAGAACUAUCCUCAAACACCUGGCAAUAUAAUAAACUUCAAUGUUGGUGCUACACUGGACUUAGACAUACCGCGUAGCUUUUGGAGCCGAUUAGCUGGGAAGUAUGGAAAUAUGUUUUAUUGGAAAGAAAAGGGGGAAGAUGCAUCUAUUGAAGCUGCUGUCAUGGCAAUAUCAAGUUGCUUGAGAGAACCAGUAGGCCGAAAUAAUUGCUCAGAGUGUGCGAUCCUUCCUAGAGAUGAAAUAAAAUUCUAUAUGGUUGAAGUUCUCGCAUCCCAUGCCCUUACUACUUCUGCAGCUUCUUGCCCACAUCUGGCUGCAAAAAUUGCUGCUAACUUCGUGAAAUCCAUGACAUGGGAACAGAAAGACACUGAUUACUUUGAUAUAAAUCUCAUGGCAGAUGUAGUGAUGUAA